AUGGUGCGCCAUUUUUCUGCUGGUCCUCCUCCAUUGACUGUGCAGCAGAUUGAGGACAGAGUCCUGCAUUUACUCAAGGACUUUGACAAAGUCGAGGCCUCCAAGCUUGUUCUGGAUGCACACUUUACAAACGACCUGGGUUUGGACAGCUUAGAUCAGGUUGAAAUCACAAUGGCUCUUGAGGAUGAAUUCAGUAUUGAACUUCCUGAUCGUGAUGCUGAGGAGAUUCUUACUCCCAGACUUGCCGUUGAAAAGGUAAGACUUGCCAACACUUGA